AUGGCAACGCUACUUCGACCAAUCCAUCCGAAACUGGCUCUCCCCAGAGCAGCCUCUACCAGGUCUUCCUUUCUCAACUCCGCUGCCGCUCACCAGUUUCGCCAAACCGCCAGAGCCAGCCCGGCAAGAAUACGAUUCCUCUCGACGACGACGAUUCGCCUCUCGCAGGCGCAGCAAACGCGACCAAAGUCCAAAGUCAUUGAAAGCGCCGAUGCCGCCGUGGCAGACAUCCAGAGCGGAUCUACGAUUCUGAGUUCCGGAUUCGGCUUGUGUGGUAUUGCAGAAACUCUUAUUCAAGCCAUCCACCGUCGAGGCCGCGAAUCGCUUCACUCGCUCACUGCCGUCUCCAACAAUGCCGGCCUCGAAGGCCGCGGUGGCCUCUCCCAUCUCACCGAGUCUGGCCAGAUCAACAACUUGAUUCUCUCAUACACGGGUGGCAACAAGGUGCUCGAAAAGGGAUACCUCGAUGGCGAGCUGGCGGUUGAGCUGUGCCCGCAGGGUACGCUGGCAGAGCGCCUGAGAGCAGCCGGAGCGGGCAUCCCCGCGUUUUACACGCCCACAGGAGCAUACACGCUCCUCCAAGACGGCGAGAUCCCCGUCCGCAUCAACCCGUCCGGCGGCGCCCCCCUCCAAGGCGGCAACAAGCGCGAGGUGCGCGACUUCAACGGCAAGCGAUACCUGAUGGAAACGGCCCUCCCCGGCGACGUGGCCAUCAUCCGCGCCUGGAAGGCCGACACCACCGGCAACUGCGUCUUCCGCCGCACGACGCGCGCCUUUGGCCCGCUCAUGGCAAAGGCCGCGCGGCUGACGAUUGUCGAGGCCGAGAACAUUGUGCCCGUCGGCGAGAUCGACCCGGACGACGUGCACCUGCCGGGCAUCUUUGUCGACAGAGUCGUGAAAGCGACGGUGGAGAAGGAGGUUGAGAGCCUGGUGCUGCGCGAUCCCGAGGCCGAGCCCGGCGUUGCUGCCCAGGACGCAAAGGGCAAUGCCGGGCUGAAGCGCAAGCAGCGCAUCGCAAAGAGGGCGUCGGACGAGCUCAAGGAGGGCUUCUACGUCAACCUGGGCGUGGGCAUCCCGACCAUGGCGGCGUGCUUUGUGCCCAAGGAGAGGACCGUGUGGCUGCAGAGCGAGAACGGGCUGCUGGGCAUGGGCCCGCAUCCCACGCUGGAGGAGGUUGAUGCCGAUCUUGUCAACGCCGGCAAGCAGACCGUCACCUUUGUGCCCGGCGCCUCGACCUUUGACUCGUCAGAGUCCUUUGGCAUGAUCCGCGGCGGUCACGUCGACGUUUCAAUCCUAGGUGCCCUUCAAGUCAGCGCAGGAGGCGAUCUCGCCAACUUCAUGAUCCCCGGCAAGCUCUUCAAGGGCAUGGGCGGCGCCAUGGACCUGGUCGCCAACCCGGAAAACACAAAAGUCAUUGUCGCGACCGAGCACGUGGCUAAGGACGGCUCGUCCAAGAUUGUGCAAAAGUGCAGCUUGCCGCUGACGGGCGCUCGAUGCGUGAGCACCAUCAUCACAGACUUGUGUGUCUUCCAGGUAGACCGCGUGCAGGGCACCCUGAAGCUCACUGAGCUGGCUCCGGGCGUUACUGUCGAAGAAGUCAGGAGCAAGACCGAUGCGGCGUUUACGGUGGCGGAUGAUAUCAUCACCAUGGCAUAA